GCUAGAUCUUGUUGGCCAAUCGCGUGGCCCGUUUACGCGAAGACGGCCAAUAAGAUGGCAGGUUUAAACGGCAAGUAAACGCGACCACCACCCAACCAGCUCGGUUUAUAAAGUGAGCUGGAUGCGCCGCCUCGAAGACAGAGCCGUGCCGACAGCCUAGCCAUCAGGAACGUUAGUUUGUUUUUUCGCUUUAGAUCGACGCAAGUGUUUCGUCGCGUGUGAUCGACCGGUGUACGGAUCUCUUCCUCCGUUCUUCGUCCAUUUCCUCCGUUUCGUUCGCGGUUGUCGCUUCGUCCGAUUCGCGGUUCGGCAAGUUUCAUACGGAAGUUCGAACGGGGUACCAGUGAUAAGCGAGUGAUUAGGCGGUGAUCCAAUCAACCCGGAAGCUGAGUACCUGAGUAUAGCAAGUGGAUACACGGACAAGAUGGGGUCGUCUGCGAUCGGCACGAUGGCGGCUGUGGCCACGAGCGUGACGUUGAUGACCUUGAUCUCUGUCUCUCAGGCAGCCCUGGCUAGGACAGCAUUCGAGAAGUUGACGGAUUACGACUACCGUGGAACGACUUAUUACAGCGUAAGGAACCUGUCCUUGUACGAGUGUCAGGGAUGGUGCCGCGAGGAGGUAGAAUGUCAGGCAGCAGCGUUCUCGUUCGUCGUAAAUCCUUUGGCGCCGAUGCAGGACACUCUCUGUCAGUUGCAGAACGAAACGGCCGCGACGAAUCCCGCGGCACAACCGCAAAGAGCCGCGAAUAUGUACUACAUGACCAAGCUUCAAAUUAGAUCAGAGAACGUGUGCCUACGUCCGUGGUCCUUCGAACGAGUUCCGAACAAGAUGAUACGCGGUCUGGACAACGCGUUGAUCUACACGUCGACGAAAGAAGCUUGUCUAGCCGCUUGCCUGAACGAGCAUCGCUUCACCUGUCGUUCCGUCGAGUACAAUUACGUAACGCUUCAAUGUCACCUGAGUGACUCGGAUCGGAGAACGACAGGCCAGUACGUUCAAUUCGUGGAUGCCCAGGGUGUGGACUAUUUCGAAAAUUUAUGCCUGAAAGGAAAGGAAGCUUGCAAGUCACAGAGGAUCUUCCAGAUGCCUAGAAUCGGCGUGGCCGAUGACAAGGUUGCGCAAUACGCGGGAUUGCAUUAUUACACGGACAAAGAACUUCAAGUUCAGAGCGAAUCCGCGUGCAGAUUGGCCUGCGAGAUCGAGAACGAGUUUCUUUGCAGAUCCUUCUUGUAUCGGGGCGCUCCUCAGGGAUCAGCUUAUAACUGUCAGCUGUUUCAUCUGGAUCACUGGACUCUUCCUGAUGGCCCUUCGACGUAUCUGAACGCGGAGCGUCCACUGAUCGAUAACGGGGAAAGAGUCGGGACGUACUUUGAGAAUUAUUGCGAGAAGGGAACUGGUCCAGUCGCGGAUCCGUUACCGGUCGUCUUCGAAACCACGGAGGAUCCCACGAUAAACAAUCUCACUAGGAACGACAUCAACUGCGAUAAAACUGGAACCUGUUACGAUGUGUCGGUGGAUUGCAAGGAUACUCGAAUAGCCGUUCAAGUUCGCACGAACAAGCCCUUCAACGGUCGCAUUUAUGCCUUGGGUCGCUCCGAGACCUGCAACAUCGACGUGAUCAAUAGCGAUCUCUUCAGGCUCGAUUUAACCAUGAGCGGACAAGAUUGUAACACUCAGAGUGUGCGUGACGGUUUUCAGACUGGGAUCUAUUCGAACACGGUCGUCCUUCAACACCAUUCCGUGGUGAUGACCAAGGCCGAUAAGAUAUACAAGGUGAAAUGUACGUACGAUAUGUCGUCGAAGAAUAUUACCUUCGGAAUGAUGCCGAUCAGAGACCCGGAAAUGAUCAGUAUCACCAGCGCGCCGGAAGCUCCACCGCCAAGGAUUCGCAUCCUCGACAGCAGAUCCAGGGAAGUCGAGACUGUUCGCAUAGGAGACAAACUGACCUUCAGAAUCGAAAUCCCAGAAGAUACUCCAUAUGGAAUCUUUGCACGAAGCUGCGUGGCUAUGGCAAAGGACUCGAAGAGCACUUUCCAGAUCAUCGACGACGAAGGGUGCCCUGUUGAUCCAUCGAUCUUCCCCAGCUUCACCCCGGACGGGAAUGCUCUUCAAUCCGUCUACGAGGCGUUCAGAUUCACCGAGUCUUAUGGCGUGAUCUUCCAGUGCAACGUCAAAUACUGUCUAGGACCCUGUGAGCCGGCUGUCUGCGAAUGGGGACGAGAAUCGGUGGAGUCGUGGGGAAAGAGACGUCGAAGAAGUAUUGCGAACGCUACCGAAGAAAAGGCGGACGACAUGACGUUGUCGCAGGAGAUUCUGGUGCUCGAUUUCGGCGAUGAAAAACAAUCGGAUUUCUUGAAGAGCGACGCUAGCAUAGACUUCAACGAAGCGGACAAAACGGUGACCAUAGUGGAACCCUGUCCAACGAAGACGUCCGUUCUGGUUCUGGGAGUGACGUGUGCUCUUUUGGUGCUCAUCUACAUAUCCACGAUCUUCUGCUAUUACAUGAAGAAAUGGUUGUCGCCCCGUAAAAUGAUGCCCUGAAACCCGUCCGUUCGCGACUCGAUAUUCGGUGAGGCGAUGGAAGUAGCUGGAAGGAAGAACUCUUUGAUAAAAGUGCAAACUAAUCUUGCGUAACUCCUUGUACGAGUUACGCGAUCGCACGCGAUGAACCCGAGAAACGCGUACGACUCGUUCGCUGGAAAAAUUGCGACUCGCGUGCUGCCGUUCGCGACGUUACUCACCUUUCGCGCGAAACGAGCUUCCGGGAAACAACGCGUUCAAUUUUUCCACCCGAGUCGAAACCAGACGGGACGACGUCGGGUUCGUCGCGAGAUUUCGAUUAUUUUUCGGAGGGGGCGCAAAUUUAACCCUUUCGUUGGCUACCGUAACUCUGACGACCAAAUAACGAACAAAAUUGCAGCCCGAUAGAAAGAGUGACCAAGCGAAUUCAAAAGGGUUUGAAAAAUUCGAAACAAAUAUGGUCACGGAAUAUUCUCCUAACGAAAGGAUUAAAUUUGCGAAAAAGUUCGAUUCGGCACAGAUGCCCUUCUCAACCUUUCUUGACUUGAAAAAAGUAGCAAAAUGCUUGCGAGUGCAAGAAGGAAAAGCCAAGGGCAUCUUUAAAAAAAUAAAAGCUUAGUCGAUUCGAAAACGCGCGCACCGGCGAAAGUCAUAAGUCGCGGCGGAUUGUGCAAGAAGCCGCGAAGGGGAAAUCUUUUUCGUCGACGACGUUAAAGCGCACUCAUUAUAGAACACUUUAAAUACAAUAUAAUUUUACACGGCGACAUUUAGCGGUGAUCGCAGGUGAUGAUGAGAGUCACGAGGCAUCAACGCUUGUGCAACGCUGAACUGAGGAUCGAUUUCGCAGACGAUGAUAGAAAAUAGGCAUAUCGGUUUCAACAAUAUCUUUUACGGGACACGAUACUUUUUAUACUUCUUAACAUGAAUCUUUCCUUUUUUGUACGUCCGAACGUUUCUCACGUUUCAUACAGAAUAUUUAUCAUGCAUAUCGGAUCUUUUUUCUAGAUCGCAAAUGGGGCGAUGAUCGCAGGGAUUUUGCGUGCAAUAUGUUUCGUAGCGAGUCGCGGAACGUUUAAUUUUCUCGAGGACGAUGAAACGAUCGGUUACGAAGAAACAACUUUUCUCCUCGUAUCGAGAAAAAGGAAUUUAUGCUGCGUUGCAGAUCAAAUGGUCGAUUCGUUUAGAAAAUCUUCGACUGUAACUUCGUUAAAAACGAAGGGUGCUUCAAAAAUCUUUACUCUUUUAAGUAUUCGAUUCUGAAACGAUGUAUUUCAGCCGAUCACGGUUAGAUACUUGAUCGAGGCGGCCAUGCGGUUUACUUUAAACGCUCCUAGUGGAACAAUCUAGAUGAAAAUUCGUACAGAAAAAAAUGCACUGGGGUGCAACCGAAUACGCUCGAAUCGAAGCGAUAUAAACGUUAUUUAUUUAGCAAAUCGGCUAUCUGUCACGCGGAAACUCGAUAGAUUCGACGUGCAUUGCUUUCGACUGAACAAUUGUUCCUCGAUCCGCGAAUCGCUGGGUUCUCUUUCUUCUGUACGAACAGCCAGGGUUAUCCUGACGACAAAAAUUGUAAUAAGUACACUUCUUUAUUUAAGGACAUUUGUAGACACUGCUAACGGUCUUAUUCCCUAAAAAGUGCUACUUCUGAUCGGGUUGCAAGGAGAGCACGGUGAUACGAGCGACACCAUAUGUCCCCUUGCGUCGUUCAAUAUCGAAAACCACCGCGGAUCAUUCCAGAUCGUUGCCGUCCGUGAUAAAUGAUCACUCCCCUCUUCUUUCUCCCUUUUCGAUCGUACGAUCGUACGCUACGGCCCUGAUCAUUUUUUCUUCCGCGGAAAUCGACUUGUAACCCGUAUCAAGACUAGCGAUAUUUAAAGGUUCACGCUUCACUAACGUCUCUAACGAUACAACUAGCGUUUAAGGUAGGAGAUAAACGGAGCAACACGUAGGCAUAGGGAAAACAAAAGAAAAAACGGAAACGAAAAAAAGAGAGCAGUUUUCUACUUCUUUUUUUUUAAUCACGAAGAGCAAUCUCGUUAUUAAUAACGGUGGUACGUUAAUCAGUCAUUCGAUUUUCUGCUCAACGGACGAUUAAACUUGCAAAAGAUUACUAUUAUCGCGUAUAAAUUAGCAUCCGACGAAUCUGUACUCUCGAUUGUAGAAUGAUUCGAUCGGAAAAUUGAAGUUUGCAAAAACGCUGAUCAUUUGAAAUGAACCACCCGUUGAAAUCGUGAAAUACGUAAUAAAUUAAUAGAACGGUGAGAAGGUACAAGAUCAACGAACUCGAUAAAAGUAUUUUUCUAUGGACUAUGCGAAUUUAUUAUCUCCAAGUGUCGCUUUCACGUACUUCGAAAGAAAAUUGCGAAGAAACAAUAACUGCAGUAAGCGUAAUCGCGUACUUAAAAAAUUUACAUUUAAUCUUAGAUUAUUUCUGACUGCAUUUACAAUGGUAUGAAAUGGAUUUUGAUAAGCAGCAAUAAAACAAGUGUAUAUAUUAUCGACUGUAGUAGGUGUUGAGAGUGGAAACACAACAUACACGCAUCAAUAUCACAUGUAUUUGUACUCUAUUUAUGUACGCGAAUAUUUUAAUAAUUAAACGGAGAAGAAUUUCGAUAAUAACCUAUUUCUUUACCCCUUUACGCGUUCACUCCCCUAAUCCCUCUACGAUUCUAGAGGGAUUCACGAAGAACGUUCUAGAAGGAAGAGAAGAAAAUCUGGGAAGAGCCUAACUGGCCUAAAGGGAUUAUCGCGUGUUACGCAUACCCGUUUCCACUGUAGCAAUCGUCGCGUUAAUGAAAUCGUUAUCGGUGAUCGAUUUUACUGUACAACCAGACACGUAAACAAAUUAAAACGAUUGGCGGACAGCCAACGAGCGUUUGAAACUUGUGAUUAAUUGAUCUGUGUAUUGGGUCGGGUAUUAAAGAUGCACGUGUUUGCGUUUAUUAUUGCUACGAGUAAUAAUAUGAAUCACUUGAUACGCGCUCGCCGUCGAUGAAUAGUCAGUUG